UCAAAGCACCUGUGAGCUCGCGAAAGUCCUUUCAGACUCCAGCCCGGCCCAGACCGGCCCGACCCGACCGCACCCGGCCCCGGCACUCGCUCGGCGUCCCCGGCCGACCAUGGGCCCUUCGAGCCGCAGCCACUCCGCGCUGCUGCUGCUGCUGCUGCUGCAGGUCUCGUCUAGGCUCUGCCAGGAGCCGGAGCCCUGCCACCCGGGCUUUGACUCCGAGAGCUACACGUUCAAGGUGCCUCGGCGGCAUCUGGAGAGAGGCCGCGUCCUGGGCAGAGUGAGUUUUGAAGAUUGCACUGGCCAACCAAGGACAGCCUACUUUUCCGUUGACACUCGAUUCAAAGUGGGCACGGAUGGUGUGAUUACAGUGAAAAGGCCUGUACAACUUCAUAACCCACAGAUCCAUUUUCUGGUCUACGCCUGGGACUCCACCUACAGAAAGUUUUCCACCAAAGUCACGCUGCAGGCAAUGGGGCACCCCCACCACCCCCAUCAUGAAUCUGUUCCCGGAUCCCAUGUGGAAGUGCUCACAUUUCCCGACUCCUCUCAUGGCCUCAGAAGACAGAAGAGAGACUGGGUUAUCCCUCCCAUCAGCUGCCCAGAAAAUGAAAAAGGCCCAUUUCCUAAAAACCUGGUUCAGAUCAAAUCCAACAAAGACAAAGAAGCCAGGGUUUUCUACAGCAUCACUGGCCAAGGAGCUGACACACCCCCUGUUGGUGUCUUUAUUAUUGAAAGAGAAACAGGAUGGCUGAAGGUGACAGAGCCUUUGGAUAGAGAACAAAUUGCCACAUACACUCUCUUCUCUCAUGCUGUGUCAUCCAAUGGGAAUGCUAUUGAGGACCCAAUGGAGAUUGUGAUAACCGUGACCGAUCAGAAUGACAACAGGCCCGAGUUCACCCAGGAAGUCUUUCACGGGUCUGUCAUGGAAGGCGCUCUUCCAGGAACCUCCGUGAUGGAGGUCUCAGCCACAGACGCAGACGAUGAUGUGCACACCUACAAUGCUGCCAUCGCUUACACCAUCCUCAGCCAAGCGCCUGAGCUGCCUUAUGAAAAGAUGUUCACAAUUAAUACGAACACAGGAGUCAUCAGUGUGCUCACCACCGGGCUGGACCGAGAGACUUUCCCUACAUAUACCCUGGUGGUUCAGGCUGCUGACCUUCAAGGAGUUGGGUUAAGCACAACAGCAACAGCUGUGAUCACAGUCACCGAUGCCAACGAUAACCCUCCGAUCUUCAGUCCCACCACGUACCAGGGUCAGGUGCCCGAGAACGAGGCUAACUUCGAAAUCACCACACUGAAAGUGACUGACGCUGACGCCCCCAACACUCCAGCGUGGGAGGCUGUAUACACCAUAUUGAAUGAUAAUGAGGGGCAAUUUGUCGUCACCACAAAUCCAGCGACCAAUGAUGGCAUUUUGAAAACAGCAAAGGGCUUGGAUUUUGAGGCCAAACAACAGUACAUUCUACAUGUGGCAGUGACAAACGUGGCCCCAUUUGAGGUCUCUCUCACCACCUCCACAGCUACUGUCAUCGUGGAUGUGGUGGAUGUGAAUGAAGCCCCCAUCUUUGUGCCUCUUGAAAAGAAAGUGACAGUGUCUGAGGACUUUGGUGUGGGCCAGGAAAUCACAUCCUACACUGCCCGGGAGCCAGACAAAUUUAUGGAACAGAAAAUAACGUAUCGGAUUUGGAGAGACACUGCCAAUUGGCUGGAGAUUAAUCCGGACACUGGUGCCAUUUCCACUCGGGCUGAGCUGGACAGGGAGAACUCUGAGCAUGUGAAGAACAGCACAUACACAGCCCUCAUCAUAGCUACAGACAACGGUUCUCCAGUUGCUACUGGAACGGGGACGCUUCUGCUGAUCCUGUCUGAUGUGAAUGACAAUGCCCCCAUACCAGAACCUCGAAAUUUAUACUUCUGCAAGAGGAAUCCAGAGCCUCAAGUCAUCAAUAUCAUUGAUGCAGACCUUCCUCCCAAUACAUCUCCCUUCACAGCAGAACUAACACAUGGGGCGAGUGCCAACUGGACCAUUGAGUACAAUGACCCAACCCAAGAAUCUCUCAUUUUGAAGCCAAAGAUACACUUAGAGGUGGGCGAGUACAAAAUCCAUCUCAAGCUCAUGGAUAACCAGAAUAAAGACCAAGUGACCACCUUAGAGGUUCACGUGUGUGACUGUGAAGGGACCGCCAGCGUCUGUGAAAGGGCACCGUAUGUUGGAGCAGGAUUGCAAGUUCCUGCCAUCCUGGGGAUUCUUGGAGGAAUUCUUGCAUUGCUAAGUAAGUUCAGUUGGCAAGUGGCUCAGCCUUUGACUUAAAA